AACCUUUCAGUAUUUAUGGGGGAAACGUUGGCUUUCUUUUAGCCCUUCAGGUUCCCGAGUUUACAGGCAGAAGACAGGACACGAUGCUGGAAACAGCUCAAAGUAUCUGCAGAGUUACUAAAGCAGGAGUAACAGCGAGAUUCAUCUGGAUUCCAGCGCAUAAAGGGGCAGAGGGAGAUGAACUGGCAGACAACUGAGAAAGUAAAUGUGACGGUAAAUUAAAGUUAAAAGCACAAAGUAGAAAUUAAAAAGAAAUGGCAGGGAGAUUAGAACAGGGAAACCAAAGGCAGACAUUACUAUAGUAUCCAACAGGAAGCGGGAGGAAUGAGGGAAACCAGGAGAACAAAAGAAGAAGAAGACAUUAUCUCGAGGAUGAGGAGAAGCUAAAAACAGACUGGGAGGAGAAUAAAGGAGUUUCCACAUGCGGCUACGGGCGAUAUUUAGUGUUUGGAAAAGACGGGAGAAGAAGACCAGUCUGAUCCAGGUGGCGGUAAUGCAGCAGACGCUGUUCGCCAACCGCCAUAAAACACCAGACGAAGAAGAAGAAGCACUUCGGCUGUGUUCGGCAGUCACGCGACUCGGCCCGAACACGGUGGAAAGCAUCAUGGUGGAUGGGCCGUUGAAGAGAGACUGAAAAGCGGAUAAAAGGAGAGCCGAAUGGCGGGAAGAGAAGCAUCAGGCGAGGAGGAGGGGGAACGUUGUCGGCCAUUUUGUCUUACUUAAGGAGCGCUGCCGAGGAGGCGACAUGAGUUCUUCUCAAGAGAAACCGGGAGCCUCAAAGAGACCCAGACCUCACCGCUGCCAGCAGUGUGACAAAGCUUUCACAUCAACAAACCACCUGAAGGAUCAUCUGAGUGUCCACACUGGAGAGAGACCGUACCACUGUGAACUGUGUGGGAAAGCUUUCACUCAGUUAAGCAGUUUAAGAACUCACCAGCGGAUCCACACAGGAGAGAAACCGUACCACUGUGACCAGUGUGGGAAAGCUUUCACUCAGUCGAGUACGUUGAAACUCCACCGGCGCAGACACUCUGGAGAGAAACCAUACAGCUGUGAACACUGUGGGAAGAGUUUCGCUGAUUCAUUUUCAUGCCAACAACACAAACACAUCCACACUGGUGACAAACCUUUCCGGUGUCAACUCUGCUCCAAAACGUUCCUCACACAGUCGAAUCUGACGAGACAUCAGCGCAUCCACACAGGAGAGAAACUCUACCCCUGCGAGCUGUGUGGAAGGAGUUUCAAUCAUUACUCGUCAUACAUCGUCCACCAACGGAUCCACACCGGAGAGAGACCCUACCAGUGUCGAUUCUGCGAUAAAGCCUUCACUUCAUCAACCAACCAUGCCGAACACGAGCGCGUCCACACCGGGGAGAAACCAUACAGCUGUGACCAGUGUGGGAAGAGUUUCAGCCACAUCACUACCUGCCUGCUGCACAAGCGCGUCCACACCGGAGAGAAACCGCACCAGUGUCAGCACUGCAGUAAAAGCUUCAUCACGUCGUCGAACCUGGCGAGACACGUGCGGACUCACACCGGAGAGAAACCGUACUGGUGUGACCAGUGUAAGAAACACUUCACCUUCUCCAAUCAGCUGAAGAGACACCGCUGCAUCUGAACUCUGGUCACAGUGCUGUCAUGUGUCGGACAUAUAGGGGAAUCAUAUUUAGUCUAUGCAGUUAUUAUAUUUUACACUAUAACCGUGUUUGUAAAUAAUAGUACAUACACUUCUAUAUCACUUUAUUUUACAGGUUCUUCAGUUUUAAUUUUUUUUAGGAUGUUUUCUGGAAAGAACCAUGUAAUUUGGUACCAGUUAUUAGGGCUGACAUGAUUAGUCGAUUGAUUAAUUAAAGUCAUUUCUUAAGGAAAAUGCUAAACACGAGUUGUUUUCUGCUUCUGUCUAUUUUACAUUGUUGUAAACUGAAUAUCUUUGUGUUUUGGACUAUUGUCCAAAGCAGUUGUUGAUUUCAUUUCUAAAAUCUUAACUGGUUUAAAUGAUCACCGUGAGUGAAUAUUGAUUUAUUAUCAUCCUCUUUAUCGUUAAUAUAUGUUGUAUUGUAUUCUUGCCUGUAGACAAAGUUAAACUAAAAUACUCCAAUUAUCUGAAA